UUCGAGCUCCAGAAGCGAACUACCUCCUUUCUCAGUUUUCGGUUGCUCAAAAAUGCUUAACCGUUACUUUUCCGUCCCCACCUUAGUCCCCGAUCGGAUCUAGGGUUUUCCAUCUGAGAUCGAAAUGGGUGUAGUAAUUGAAAGCUCCGUUUGGGAACCAAGUUCCUCCGUCUAUAUCUUCAUUUUCCUGUCUUGUUUUCUAUCACUGUCUCUCCUCCCCUACUAUCUCUCCAAACACGCCCCCACAAAAUCUCCUUCUUUCUCCGACCAUCCAACCUCCUCCUCCCCCUCUCUCCGCUUCCAACGUCACUUUCUCCUUGUCUAUUCCCUCGCCUCAGUGUUGGAAGGAUUGUGGUCGGUGUACGGAGAGUUAGAGCUGGUUUACUAUGGAAUAAGCAAGGAAGAAAUGGUGUCGUUUUUCUGCAUUGGAUUUGGAGCUGCUCUUUUUGUUGGUAGUUUCUUAGGUCUCCUCUCUGAUAUAAUAGGUCAAAAGAAAAUGUGCUUGGUGUUUUGUAUCUUGCACCUUAUUGUUGGUAUAUGGAAGAGGAGUACAUCAGGUCCCAGCUUUUGGGUAGCAAAUGUAUUGUUGUUUUUGGCUACAUCAAUAUUCUCUUUCAGUUUCGAGACAUGGGCCGUCGUUGAACAUGACAAGCAGGGUCAUAGACAAGAUAGUUUGAAUGAAACAUUUUGGUUGAUGACUUUUUUUGAAUCUGCCUCUUGGAUUGGAAGUCAGGUGAUUGGUAAUUGGUUGGUGGGUACUAAUAAUUUGGAGAAAGGGAUUGCAUCUCCUUCUACUGCAGCCAUCUUACUGGCAAUAGUAGGCAUCAUCUGUAUAUCCAGAGAUUAUAAUGGAACUCCACAGACAAUGACGAUUAAGGAUUAUAGGGUGUCCUUUUAUGCAUGUAUUCUUGGUGAUAGAAGAAUAUGGCUACUGGCAUGUUCGCAAGCUUGCAUUCAUUUUUCCAUUUUAGUUUUCUGGAUUCUUUGGGCCCCAACACUGGUGGCUGAUGGUCGAGAAGUGUAUCUAGGGCUGAUAUAUCCAUGUUUGCUGGGGGCAAGGAUGUUAGGAAGCUCAAUGUUUCCAUGGCUUAUUAGUGCAUCGCUUCGAACCGAGGAUUGCUUAGUAUAUGCAUUUAUCGUACAGGGUCUUCUUUUGUCCAUAAUAGCUUAUGAUUACCAGGAAAUUGGAGUUCUGGUGACACAGUUUUCUUUAUUCCAUGUCUGCACUGGCCUGAUUCUGCCUUCACUUGCGAGAUUGAGGACCAUGUAUGUGCCAAAUGAGUUGCGUGGAGGAAUGAUGAGCCUUUCUCUAGCUCCUGCAAAUGCAGCAAUUUUGUUUAUUCUGAUGCAGAGAGGCUAUUAUAGGACCAUUGAGAAUGCAACAAUGAUAGCAUUUGCUGCAAUCGGACUAUUCAUGGCAGCUGGUUGCAUGCAUGUUUUGAAGCGGUGGGGAAAGCAACCAUAUCAAAACUGGCACAAAUUAUGAUUGUUUCAUGACCCACUUUUGCUGACGUUGAUGGUUUCCUGUAGUCUGUCAUAGCCACUGAUCGAAGUGAAUGAUUAAACAGAACAUUAUCCUGGACCUUCAAAUUGAUGGUGAAGCAUAUGUUGGGAGGCAUUCAACAUACGCAAAAAGGACAAAGAGAAGAACCUAUAUGAAGUCCAAGUUUCAUGGAUUACCUAAGUUAUAGUGAUAACCUCGUUGGAUGUCUUCUGAGAAACUACACUACAAGCGAUGUGGUGGUCAGCCAGUAACAGUUGACCAUUGAAUUCCCCUGUAAGUUUUGGCCAAUACAUUUCAACUUGUUUUACAACCAGUUUUGAUUCUGCUCCACAAGUUCAGUAAUCGGCCGGGAAUGAUAGGAGGACUUAUGCUCAAGAAAUCCGCUAACGAGAAAGGUGCAGUUCAAAGGUGGGUUAAUGCAGCAGUGUGCCUCUUGAAUGUUAAGAAGGUUGAGAUUUGUGUUUUAGGAGUUUAUAUUAAUAGAAUUGCAAAAGCCUGAGGCGUGACAAGAUUCAUUCAGAAUCUUGUUUUGUUUGAAACUGAGUUUGAUUAUCCUUUUUCUGGGUUUUAUCUGUUGUAGUUUAAAGCUUGUCUAAAGUAGGAAGAUAAGAAGCUUGUGCCUUGUUAUAUCCUUUGACUCACGGCUGACAGAAUAAAAUAUAAGAAAGCAUUCCCUGA